UGACAGCACCAUCAUGUCAUCGGAAAUAUUAAACCUCGCAAUGAAAUUUGACAAGAAAUAUUAAUGUUUUUAUAUUUUAGCAAAAUGCGGGGAAUUACAAACAUAUUUACGCCGGGCCUGUACAGUGGAAAUGCUUUCACCCGGUGUCGUCUCCGCCCUUCGGCCGUGCCCACGCGUGGGAUGGUGGUGACCCGCGAGCCGCCGAUCCUGCCCGACACCGACGUGCCCACCGUCACGCCCAAGGCCAAGCUCACCCCUGCUCCGGCUAAACCUGUCGCUCGCAAAGAAACGGCCGCGUCCCCAAAACUCCGAGCGAAGCCGAAAAUCGCCAAGUUAGACAAGAAGGUCAAGUUCACCGGAGUGCAGCUUGGCAGGGAUUUGGUGGACAGGCCGCUGCUAAAGCUUGGCGCUUGCGUGCAUCUUGGUGCUAAUCUGCAUAUGCAGUUCUCAACCUCCUCAGUGACGAACCAAGAUAAGAAAGAGAAGAAAGACGCUCCGCCGCCGCCCGCGUCGUCUGGCCCGCCCAAGUCGGCAGCAGGAGGCGCUCAGGGGAAGAUCAUUGCUGUCAUUGGAGCAGUAGUGGAUGUGCAGUUCGACAAGAGCUUGCCGCUGAUCCUGAAUGCGCUGGAGGUUCCAGGGAGAACACCCCGGCUAAUCCUCGAGGUGGCCCAGCACCUUGGCGAGAGCACCUGCCGCACCAUAGCCAUGGACGGUACUGAGGGUCUGGUGCGCGGACAGCCCAUCACGGAUACCGGAGCACCCAUCACUAUACCAGUAGGAGAGCCUACGCUGGGCAGGAUUAUUAACGUCAUUGGAGAGCCUAUUGACGAACGUGGCCCAAUAAACACAGACAAAUUCGCGCCGAUCCACGCGGACGCGCCGCCCUUCGUGGAGAUGUCGGUGGAGCAGGAGAUCCUGGCCACCGGCAUCAAGGUCGUAGAUCUACUCGCUCCGUAUGUCAAAGGCGGUAAGAUCGGCCUUUUUGGUGGAGCGGGCGUCGGCAAGACGGUGCUCAUCAUGGAGCUGAUCAACAACGUGGCCAAGGCGCACGGAGGCUUCUCCGUAUUCGCCGGAGUGGGCGAACGCACGCGCGAGGGCAAUGAUCUUUACAACGAGAUGAAGGUCGGCGGAGUCAUCACUGACGACUACAAGACCUCCAAGGUGGCGCUAGUGUACGGGCAAAUGAACGAGCCGCCCGGCGCCCGCGCACGUGUCGCGCUGACUGGUCUAACGCUCGCCGAGCACUUCCGGGACAAAGAGGGACAGGACGUGCUGCUAUUCGUCGAUAACAUCUUCCGUUUCACUCAAGCUGGAUCGGAGGUGUCGGCGUUGCUAGGCCGUAUCCCGUCGGCCGUGGGCUACCAGCCGACGCUGGCUACCGACAUGGGCACCAUGCAGGAGCGGAUCACCACCACCAAGACCGGCUCCAUCACCAGUGUACAGGCGAUAUACGUACCAGCCGACGACCUAACAGACCCUGCACCAGCCACCACCUUCGCUCACUUGGACGCCACCACGGUGCUGUCCCGAGCUAUUGCAGAACUGGGCGUGUAUCCAGCUGUGGACCCGCUUGACUCUACGUCACGAGUCAUGGACCCCAACAUCAUUGGGCAUGAGCAUUACGGAGUGGCAAGAGGGGUGCAGAAGAUUCUGCAGGACUACAAGUCGCUGCAGGACAUCAUCGCCAUCCUGGGCAUGGACGAGCUGUCUGAAGACGACAAGCUGACCGUCGCGCGCGCACGGAAGAUCCAACGAUUUCUGUCGCAGCCUUUCCAGGUUGCAGAAGUAUUCACCGGUCACAUUGGGAAACUGGUGAAAUUGGAGGAAACCAUUAAAGGAUUUAAGAGGAUCCUGGGGGGAGAGCUGGACCACAUUCCCGAGGCGGCGUUCUACAUGGUGGGCACCAUCGAGGACGUGGUGGCGAAGGCGCAGGAACUCGCCAAGAGCGUGUGAACAUGGCGCAAUAAA